CCAAAACGUUGAAAUUAGCCGGGCUCCUCACAGUGUGCCUUUAGCCUCACCUGGUGGUCAACACUGAAUACUGCAGACAACAUGGCGGCCACCGUCCGGACAUUGUGCUGCUCGGUGUUGAGAAACUCCAGCAGACAGUUCAGCACGACCUGUGGAGUACAAGGUGGAGAGAAAUGGAGGAAAGAACACGGGGUUUCUCGAAGCGGUACAGAAUACGGACCUCUGACAGAUCUGCCUGACUGGUCAUACGCAGAUGGAAGACCAGCACCGCCACUGAAGGGCCAGCUGAGAAGAAAGCAGGAGAGAGAAGCUUUAGCUAGACGUAUCGUGAUGCUGAGCACAGAGAUGGACAGAGGAAUAGAGAUGUGGAAGGAAAGACUGGACCAGGCCAAAACACAGGAGGAGCACCAAAAGUCUCUUCUACUCAAACCCAAAGGGAAGCUAUUAAUGAAGAAAAAAUCUCAAAGUUAGAAACAGAUUAUCACUGUAAUCAUUCUGUGUCAUCCUUUCAGCUUAGUGGCAUAUUUAUAAGGAUGUAUGGGUUUUUUCCUUCUUUAUAAUUUGUGUUUUUCAGUAUUGAUGCAUUUAUGGAAUAAAUGUUUAAUCUGUUUCUGA